AUGAUAUUUUCCUCUUUCUGUGACACCUUGAGUGGACACUUCAGUUACUCCAAUGUUGCUGGCAACCAGCCAGCAACAUUGCAGCAACCAGGAAGCAACAUUGGAGCAACCAGCCAGCAACAUUGGAGCAACCAGCCAGCAACAUUGCAGCAACCAGCCAGCAACAUUUGGAGCAACCAGCCAGCAACAUUGGAGCAACCAGCCAGCAACAUUUGGAGCAACCAGCCAGCAACAUUGCAGCAACCAGCCAGCAACAUUUGGAGCAACCAGCCAGCAACAUUGCAGCAACCAGCCAGCAACAUUGGAGCAACCAGCCAGCAACAUUGCAGCAACCAGCCAGCAACAUUUGGAGCAACCAGCCAGCAACAUUGGAGCAACCAGCCAGCAACAUUGGAGCAACCAGCCAGCAACAUUGGAGCAACCAGCCAGCAACAUUUGGAGCAACCAGCCAGCAACAUUGCAGCAACCAGCCAGCAACAUUUGGAGCAACCAGCCAGCAACAUUGCAGCAACCAGCCAGCAACAUUGCAGCAACCAGCCAACAACAUUGGAGCAACCAGCCAGCAACAUUUGGAGCAACCAGUCAGCAACAUUUGGAGCAACCAGCCAGCAACAUUGCAGCAACCAGCCAGCAACAUUGCAGCAACCAGCCAGCAACAUUGGAGCAACCAGCCAGCAACAUUUGGAGCAACCAGCCAGCAACAUUGGAGCAACCAGCCAGCAACAUUUGGAGCAACCAGCCAGCAACAUUGGAGCAACCAGCCAACAACAUUGGAGCAACCAGCCAGCAACAUUGGAGCAACCAGCCAGCAACAUUGCAGCAACCAGGCAGCAACAUUGGAGCAACCAGCCAACAACAUUGGAGCAACCAGCCAACAACAUUGGAGCAACCAGCCAGCAACAUUGCAGCAACCAGCCAGCAACAUGGUCAGUAGUGCAGUUACUGGAGAAAGGUGUGAAGGCCGUGAUCAGUCAAUAG